UGAACACGGCCCAGCCGGAGAAAAUUAAAGUCACAUUUUGCACUGACCUAGAGAAAUCCGUGCUUGUUUGUAAUUUUGAAAAGCGAGGAUGGACUCAAGUAGCGCCGGAUUACGAGUGGAACUUCUACUGGGCAGGCACUCAAUCAACAAGAAACCUAUUUAGUGUUGAGAGUGGCUAUCGACUCAAUGAUAAUCAGGCUAUCAACCAUUUCCCUAAUCAUUAUGAACUGACUCGUAAGGAUCUUUUGGUAAAGAACAUUAAACGAUACCGAAAAGAAUUAGAAAGAGAAAAAGAUCCUUUGGCAGAGCGAGGAGACAAUCCCCCGC